CAUUGGCUGAGGCAGAAAUGGGAGGAACUCACCGGGAGUAUGAUUCUUUAAACAAACUUUUCAGUGGGACUGCCUGCUUCCUUUCCUUUCCUCUGCUCUGUCUGACCCAGACAAAAGGACUUUGUUGGAGUCCCCGAUUCUUUUACCUGAAGCCAAGGCCUUGAUCAAACCUCCACCAUGUCGAGCAAGCGUGCCAAAGGAAAGACCACAAAGAAGCGCCCUCAAAGGGCCACGUCCAACGUGUUUGCCAUGUUUGACCAGUCUCAGAUCCAGGAGUUCAAAGAGGCAUUCAACAUGAUCGACCAGAACAGAGACGGCUUCAUUGACAAGGAAGAUCUUCACGACAUGCUGGCCUCCCUGGGUAAAAACCCUUCUGAUGACUAUCUGGAGGGAAUGAUGAGUGAAGCACCAGGGCCUAUCAACUUCACCAUGUUCCUCACCAUGUUUGGCGAGAGGCUCAAUGGAACAGACCCUGAGGACGUCAUCCGUAAUGCCUUCGCCUGCUUUGACGAGGAAGGCUCAGGUGUGAUCCAUGAGGACCAUCUGAGAGAACUGCUGACGACCAUGGGUGAUCGGUUCACCGAUGAAGAAGUGGACGAGCUGUUCCGAGAAGCGCCCAUCGAUAAGAAGGGCAACUUCAACUACGCAGAGUUCACCCGCAUCCUCAAACACGGUGCCAAGGACAAGGAUGACGAGUAGAGGAGGAGCUAACAACCGCUUCAGACCCCUGCACACAGAAGAAGACCUACGUUCACAGAGGGAGUAGACACCGCGAAGAAAAAAAGAUUAUAGCAACAAAAAUGAAUAUUCACGACAUAAAAUGUCAUAAUGAGAGUCAUAGCACUCAGGAUUUUAGAAAAUCACAUCCCGUCACAUCAUGUUACAGUGACAUAAUGUAACAGUCACAGCAUGUUACAGUGACAUCAUGUUACAUUGACAGUACACUUAAAGCAACCAGUUGAAUCUACUGUGCAUCCAAAUCUAAAUCACUAUUGCAACAUUGUGGCUUUUUCCAUUUUUGAUGUAUGGUUUAUGAUGAAACUGCAGAGAGGAAUCUAUACUUGUGUAGUAGAUUUUCAUAGAUAAUGAAAAGAAACAUGAGUAUUACACUGUGUCACCCUGAAUUUCAUAGGAUGUUACAUCAGUUGCCUUUAUGUUUGUGUUUGUCAAAGCUUGAGAUCUUUGUUAACACAGAUGUAUCAUUAAACACAUAUAACACAGAAUCAACUACUUGGACUGCUCAGAGUUUUAAAAACAAUCCCAGAUGAUCAGUCAGUGUGUGUGCAGGGGUCACUGGGACUGUCUGAGUGUAGUGUGACAUGUGAAACAUCAGCCCUUUUUACUUCUAUCUGCCAAUUAGCUCCCACACCUACACAAGCACUGCAGAGAUUUACCUACUUUAAAUAUUUGUAUUCCUAUAUCUUGGAGAAAACUGAUGCGUAUGUGUGCAUGUUGCUUUGUGACAAUCAGAAGUGAUGAGUGAUACAACGAAAUAAAAAGAUAAACCACGAAAGGACUGAAGGAUCCUGUACGUGGGCCGUUGAAGGACGUGAAAAUGCAGAGACAAAUAAAAGAUAAUGGAAGUUUGA